CCUUUUCUUUAUUUUGAGAGGAGAUUUAUCAGCUGCCGGAUAGACAGAGAAAAGUAUUAAAAAAUAAUGGCGAACAUUUCGAAGAUUGGCAUGUUUAUUAACUUUUUGUACAUUUAGGUCCAAAUUCAGAAGCGUUGUAAGCGCGUUCCGAAUAUGUAUUAGUCUCAUUUCUUCAAAAAGAGCACCGCAUUAAUUUGCGCAUCUAGCGGAUAGUAUACCGUUAUAAGAAUCGAUUAUGAAUACCGCCCUGUACCGCCCUAAGUCGCGGUGAAAUCGCGAUACUCGGCACGAGAGGGCAUGUCGGGAAGCGCGAGGUUAUGGUACGAACAAGUAGCAAUUUCGAGAAAUUAAUCAAAACUCGAAGUAACGGUUAAAGAGAAAGGAGUAGUCGCGCCAGAGGAAGGAGGAAUGACAAUCGCAUUGUUCGUGUCAAUCCGUGGCAAUUGCCUCUUAAGUCGUAUGCGUACCGCUGGACUUUCGUAAAAAAACAACACGUGACAUUGAAGUGGUGUCGACGUGAUAAAUUACUCGGCGAUUAAUUAAUCUACGAGAUCCUCUGGUGGACACUCCGUGACGAAAAGGAUGCCAAGCAAGUAGAAUUCCAACUUUGUUUCAAUGAUCCCUGAUGACGUUCGUCGAAACGCGAUAAAACGACUGGAAUAUACGAUGCACUUGGAUAGAUUGUGACGUCACUUGAUAAACGCGGCAAAUUCGUGCCCCCCGGGUCACAGUUCACGAAAAUUCAGAUAUGUGCUGAGCAACGCGCAUCUCAAUAUCGUACAAGUGGAAGUUCGCUUUGAUCAAAAUGAGUCAGCAAUUACAGACGCAUCUAAUUGCCGCGGCGAUCGGUGCAACGAUCGGUGUUAUAAGCGCAGCUAGUAUCUUCAUUUAUCAGAAAGUUUUAGAGAAACAACAGCAUGCAAUGAAAACUGCUCAUCUCGACGAGGUCGAUCGUCGCCUCGCAGAGAUUCAAGCAGAAUUGGAAAGACUAAGAGCCCAACAAAGUCAGCAAAGAAAAAAGAAACUUAAUCGCAGACGUGAAAAUGACACUACAUAUUCUACAAAGAACGACGACACUGAUGUAGACGCUUUUUCGACAGCUACAGAUAUCGGGGACGAUGAAUUUUUUGAUUGUUCCGAUAGCGAAAAUGGCAUAAGCGACAUUGAAAACAGGGCAACUGAAGCCACCCGCCUUGGAUUAGACCUUUCCAUCUUCGAUGUGCACUAUCAUCAGGAGGGACAUGAAGAGAAUGAUCAUUUUGAAUUACAUAAUCUUGCGGGCACUUAUCCAGAUAAUGUAGAUAUAGUAUGGAGAUAUGCCAGAAUAUGUUAUAAAUAUUCAAAUUGCAUCGCUGAUCCAAAUGUAAGAAAAGAUAUUAUCCUUGCAGGAAUUAAUGCUUCCGAAAAGCUUCUUAUUAUACCCAACGCAGAUCUACACAAAUGGUGCGCCAUACUCAUAGGUGUAUAUAGUGACUUUUUACCAAUUGCAGAGAAAAUACAGAACGGUUAUCGUUUUAAGGAGCAUGUAAUAAACGCCUUGGAAAUUGAUCCAAAUGAUGCUGAUUUACAUCAUCUGCUCGGCAGAUUCAGAUAUGAAGUAGCUAAUUUAGGUUGGAUAGAGAGGAAGGUUGCCGCAACAUUAUUCUCAGAACCUCCAAGUGCCUCGUACGAAGAUGCAAUCGAAAGCUUCCAAAGCGCAGAAAAAUUUUCAACCGAAGCGAAUCUAGAGAAUCAAUUGUUCCUUAGCAAAUGUUAUAUAGCACUGAGCAAGUAUGAGCUGGCUUGCGAUUGGCUAGAAAAGAUUUGUGAUUCAUCAGUUAUAAAUAAAAACGAUGAAAAGAUACAGAACGACGCACGUCAGCUUUUCAAUAAAUAUUCUGGAUAUCGUCUGUAACAGUGAAGGAAACGGGAAAAUGUAAUAGAUUCACGAUUCACUAAAAUAUGAGCAAAAAUAUAAUAGAUCCGGAUAUAUUCAUUCCAUAAAGAUUUUAAUUCUGUGACGUAAAUAUAAUUUGUAAUUUCACGGGGAGAGCAAAUAUAAGCAUAAGCCAUUUUAAUGAUACAUAUAAAAAUAUAUAACAAUUUUAUCAUGAAUAAACUUUUAUAUAAAAUUAAGUAUGUGUAAAAAUAACUACUAUUGUUUUGUAAUAAAAAAUAUAAAGUAUUACAAAAUUGGGAGAAAUUGGUUUGUGACUAUGUAUGCAACGGUAAUAUAUUACAAAAUUACAUUUUAAACUGUAAUUUUAUUGUAUAAAUGUCGGUACGGGGCCUAUUGUGCUUUAUUAUAUUCUUUUAUUAUACAAAA